GCCCUCUCUGACUCCGCCCCCGACAGGAGGGAAACAAGCGAGCGUGCGCGCCCCCGGAGCCUCCUGGGAAUAGUAGUUCUCCCUGGUUCGCUCCUCGAGCUUCUGGGAUGUGUAGUUUCUGGUCUGUAGGCGAGACGGAAGGCGCGGGGGAGGCCCCUUACGCAAACUACAAUUCCCGGCGGGGAGCGCGGUGAAGGGGGGGUGGGACUUGAACAUGGCGGCGGUGGUAGCGGCUACGGCGCUGAAGGGCCGGGGGGCGAGGAACGCCCGCGUCCUUCGGGGGAUUCUCGCAGGAGCCACAGCUAACAAGGCUGCCCAGAACAGGAGCAGAGCCCUGCAAAGCCAGAGCUCCCCGGAGUGCAAGGACGAGGCUGAGCUGGAGUACAUCCCCAGAAAGAGGGGCAAGAACCCCAUGAAAGCUGUGGGACUGGCCUGGUACAGCCUGUACACCCGCACCUGGCUCGGGUACCUCUUCUACCGGCAGCAGCUGCGCAGGGCUCGGAAUCGCUACCCCAAAGGCCACUCCAAAACCCAGCCCCGCCUCUUCAACGGAGUGAAGGUGCUUCCCAUCCCCGUCCUGUCGGACAACUACAGCUACCUCAUCAUCGACACCCAGGCCCGGCUGGCUGUGGCUGUGGACCCUUCAGACCCUCGCGCUGUGCAGGCUGCCAUUGAGAAGGAGGGUGUCACCUUGGUCGCCAUUCUCUGCACCCAUAAGCACUGGGACCACAGUGGAGGGAAUCGUGACCUCAGCCGGCGGCACCAGGACUGUCGGGUAUAUGGGAGCCCGGAUGACGGCAUUCCCUACCUCACCCAUCCCCUAUGUCAUCAAGAUGUGGUCAGUGUGGGACGGCUGCAGAUCCGGGCCCUGGCCACCCCUGGCCACACACAAGGCCAUCUGGUCUACCUGCUGGAUGGGGAGCCCUAUGAGGGUCCCUCGUGCCUCUUCUCGGGGGACCUGCUCUUCCUCUCUGGCUGUGGACGGACCUUUGAGGGCACCGCAGAGACCAUGCUGAGCUCUCUGGACACUGUGCUGGGGCUGGAGGAUGACACCUUGCUGUGGCCUGGUCACGAGUACGCCGAGGAGAAUCUGGGCUUUGCCGGCGUGGUGGAGCCCGAGAACUUGGCCCGCGAGAGGAAGAUGCAGUGGGUGCAGAGGCAGCGGAUGGAGCGCAGGAGCACGUGCCCGUCCACCCUGGGAGAGGAGCGCUCCUACAACCCGUUCCUGCGGACCCACUGCCUGGCACUGCAGGAGGCUCUAGGGCCAGGCCCCGGCCCCACCGGGGACGACGGCUGCUCCCGGGCCCAGCUCCUGGAGGAGCUCCGCCGGCUGAAAGACACGCACAAGAGCAAGUGAUGCCCCGGCCCCCGCAGCCCAGCCCACCUCAUGGUGGGAGCCGCCCAUCACCUGCACCUCACCCGCUCUCCCUCCUGGCUAACUCCACCCCUGCAUCGGGCCCCCUGUGGACAGAAUUCCCCACGCUGGCCAGGGGCAGGGGAGGGACAGGGCUGUGAGGGAAGGGGGGCCUCAGGACAUCUCCAGACCCUACCAGCCAGGAGGGCCCCUCCCACUCCUCCCUCCCUGGCCUCAUGGAGGCCCCGGAAGCCAGGGUCUGGAGUCGGGGAAGAAAUCCAGCCCCCCAGGUGGCCUCAGGUGUGGGAGAGUGUCCUUCAGGGCAGCCAGACUCAGGUUUCCUGGGCCCCAGGCCCUCCCCUGUCCCCCCGCCCCACCUCCCUGCCAAAGCGUUUCUGAGAGCCAUUCCGCGAACAGAACACCGAAUCGGCUGGCCGCAGGUCUGGCUGCCCUGCCUGUCGCUGCCGCCGUGGCUCCCCAGCAGCCGAGGGUGGGGUCUCCUGUUUGCCAAGGAAGCCUCAGGCCCCGGGCUUGUGGAGCCGCGCAGGACACGGAACCCACAGACUCUCCCUGCAUGCCUGGCCGGGUCCUGCCCGCUGCUGGCCUCCGCCCCGCCCUCCUUCCCCGAGGCGGAGAGCCGCGGAGGGCCAGGGCCGCUGCAGCUUCUCCCCCUGACCCUUAGUCUAGGAGCUGCCGCCCGCCUUCCUUGGUCGCACCCCCCCCCCAACCCCACCCCCAGCCCCUCGGCCCCGGGAGCUAAUAAAGGUUUAUUUUUCAGCCUCUACCUUCGCCAUGUGCCAAGGACACGCCCAUGUGUGGAGCCGGGAGCCCAGGGAGCGGCAGCUUCCGGGGCUCCGGCCUGGGCACCUCCGCUGCUCGCUGCGCCUCGGGCUCGGCCUCCCCUGGUCGCGGGGCCCGGGAUCGUUGGGACGGCAGUGAGGCAGGCAGGCCCUCAGAGUCAGCCGAGAGCCGUCUCUUCCCGGCUCGAAGGCUUCCUCCGGCUCUGCUUCCCUGUGGCCACGCUCCGAGAUGCCCCCUCACCGUCUGGCCUCUGCCACCCUCUACAGCCACGGCCCCUGGCACCCCCCUAUAGCAAUACCUCCAGACGAGUAAGAGCCCCCGCGACACGCACCUCUGCCUCCGUGCCUUCGCUCACGCUGCCCUUCAGACUGGAAUGCCUUCCCUCGCUUCGCCGGCCUUGGCUGCCUGGCACAACUACUCAUCUCUCACCAGCCCCUCGAAGACCACCCCCCGCCCGGGAAGGCAGCCCCCAAAACCCUUCCCUCCCCCAGGCUACCUCCGCACUUUGUAAAUGCUUCUGCCCUGGCACCUGGCACCCCGUAUUUCACUUGUUUACAUGUUUGUCUCCCCUUCUAGACUGUGAAUCCUUAAGGGCAUGGACUGUAUCUUAUGCAUCUCUCUGUUUCUGCGCCUAGCACGGUGCCUGGCACACAGUAGGCGCUCAAUAAAUGUUGAAUGAAUGAUUUCA